CCCUCGGACACAGCUAUCACCGAUCACGGAAAGAGCCGAAGAUGUCGGCUCGGUCAUGUGAUCAGCUGUGUCCAAUCACAGCUGAUCACAUGCGACAUGUACACUGAUCAUCAGGGCACUGAUGAUCAGUGUGCCCUGAUGAUCAGCAUAGCCCCAGCAGUGCCAGCUGUCAGUGUCCAUCAGUGCCACAUCAAUGCCACAUAUCAGUGCCCAUCUGAGCUGCCUUUCAGUGUCACCCAUCAGUGCCAGUCAGUGCCACCUAUCAGUGCUGCCAAUCAGUGCCACUUAUUAGUGCCAGUCAGUGCUGCCUAUCAGUGCCAUGUAUCAGUGCUGCCUUUCAGUGCCCAUCAGUGAUGCCUGUCAAUGCCCAUCAAUGA